AUGAAGCUCCCAGUCGUUGAUGAGCGCGAGAUGCCGAGUAGAAUCCGUUCAGCCGAGCCACCGCUGGGUGGGUCAACUGAAUUUCGAAUCUGGAAGUUGAUGGUAGCAUCUGGUCGAUACGGCAGUCCCUACCAGUCCUUACAUUGCGAUCAUCAACAAGGCAGUCAUCAUCUCCUCAACGCAGUCAUCAUCUCCUUAACACUGCCCCAGUCGACAAGCGCUAACCUGACAAUAUUCAGUACCUUCAGCCCGAGGCAGCUGCCCAGAAAGGAAUCUAUCCUGGCAAUGCUCGUCCGUAGAAAUACGAAUCCCAUGGCCCCCAGAGCCUUCCUGAGCACAGCAUGA